GAUGCGCUCUAAAGAUAUUCAUUUUUUCUUUCUGCGUAUUUCUGUUCAGUAUGUGUGUACUGUAUGUGUGUGUGUCCUUGCAAAAGUGCCGUACGUGUUGGCCCGUCGCUUCCCCACCAGCCGGGGCCCCUCCGUCUAUUUCUGGCUCUGCAUCACGCCUGGGCUUUACUCCUGUGGCAAGAGGAGUGUUUCUCUAGGGCUCCCACUCUGCUACAGACACACAUACUCUCUCUCUUACACACACACACACACACACACACACACACCUUCCGACAGACACACACUCACAUGCCUGCCUGCCCUGCCUGGGGAGAGACGGAGUGAGCGCGCUCAGAUGUAAACACUCACACUCACAGGGAGAGAGAGAGAGAGAGAGAGCGAGAGGCAGAGAGUGACGGAGGACGGACGGAGGCAUGGAUGAACCGGACGCGUCGGGAGUUUAAAGUUUGGUUUCGUGUCGCGGAAAAGUGUGUGAGAGGAAAGGGAGAGAACGAGAGAGAGACGGAGAGGGAGAGAGAGAAAGAGAGAGAGGGUCGGCCGGUCUGUUACCGUGGCGAUGGAAGGAGGGAGUGUGAAAACAGAGGAAUGCUCCCGGUGAUAAAGAGAGAAAGAGCCGGCAAGACUGACCCCGCGAGGACACCUUCCGUCGUUACAACCAAACGGAGCACGUGCCGACCAACAGAUCUCUUGGUGAGAAAAUUGACAUUUGAAGCCACAGUAAGAGGAUCUACAAGCACUUUUCCCUAAAGAAAAAUCACCCAAGAAUUCUUCUGCCUUUAGAUGAACAGGACCAGAAAACAACGCACAGCAACAUUAGUCUUUUUACUGAUAGCUAAAGGAGCAAAAGAUCUCUGAUGUUAUCCAUCAAGGCGCCACUUUUAUUUCCACUUCCUAUUUCCUGUUUCCAGCCUGGCUCUACAAUCAGUCUAUUUCGGCAAUGGAUGGGUACUUCCUGUUUCUGUGAAGCUGUUGGCAGCCCUCAAAGGUUCAGCUAUCAUGCCUGGUAGUUUGGGGACCUUGUAACCCUCCAGAACCUACCCCAUCCAACUCCCCCACCAUCCCCCUAUCUCCUCCCUCUUCUAAAUCACAGGUUCGUGAAAAUGGAGGCUCGUGAACCAGAUCCCACAGGGCAGAAAUGCUCAAAUAAGGAGCUUGGGAAGGAGAAGGCGCCUCUUCAAAGGAAGUGGGCAUCUGAGCCUUCUGCAAACACCAAACGAAGCACUUUUGCUGACCCGGGGGCAAAACACCGUGAGAGUCUGCCGUGUGGAGCUACAGGGGGAUCAGCACCCCAGCAGAAGUACACAAUCACAGGGAACUCUGGAAAGCUGCUAUCUGGACCCUCUACAGUUGGAGCUAUUGGAGGGCCACCAUCUCAAGACCCCCAAGGGCCAUUUGCUCAGGGGUUUCCAAGAGGAUACUCCUACCAGCUGGGCCAGCCAUACCCUCAGCAUCCCCAAACUGAACGCUUCCUCUCAGGAGCCAAACCACAGCCAGGCCUCGAGCCCCAUGCCUGGCCAUUUGCUGGCCAGUUGCCUUCAGAUGACCUGUACCCUGUAGGACAUCCAGGCCACACUCACCCGCAUGGGGCCGUGGCAGGGAGGUUUCACCGGCAGAAAUCCCCCAGUUUACCCAGUUCCUUUGGACAAUAUUCUCAGUCGGGCUCUGAGCCUGGAGAAGAGGGUUAUGGCAAGAAAGAACAAAAGCCAAAAAAGCCUGGUAAGUACAUCUGUCACUACUGUGGCCGAGCUUGCGCCAAGCCCAGCGUUUUGAAGAAGCACAUCCGCUCACAUACUGGAGAGAGGCCAUAUCCUUGUGUACCCUGCGGCUUUUCCUUCAAAACUAAGAGCAACCUUUACAAGCAUCGCAAGUCCCAUGCUCAUGCCAUCAAAGCUGGACUCGUACCGUUUUCAGAGCUAGCCGUGGCCCGUAGUGGGGACAUGGACCAGGCAUCUCCAGUAGGUGAGGCCGAGGUCCACUCAGAUGGAGAACAGAGUACUGACACAGAUGAGGAAGGUGUGGAGGUCUCCACCAUGCUUACGGACAAAGACAGCCCCAUCCCACAGAUCUUCUUUGAAGCUGAUAAGAAUACAGGUGGUGGUGCAGAACCAGCUUAUGCAGACUCAGCUGAAGAGCUGCCCAUGGGAUCUAUGAAAGUGCCUAUUCUCAUCGUUCCCAAGCCUGGGGGAAUCCCCUCCACAGGGAUGGAGUGCCCACCCUUUCAUGACAUUAAGGGAUCAAACCACAUGUUGGCAUCACAGGCCGGAGUAAGAGCUCAUUCCCUUGAUGACUCCCCCACUAUCAAACAACGUUUGUACCUGAGGCUGAUUGAGAAAAAUGGGCAGGACUCUGAUCCCGCCACGUCCCAGUCCCUUAACCUCCUCAGUCCUCACAGUAAAGGCAGCACAGAUUCUGGCUACUUUUCACGGUCUGAAAGUGCAGAACAACAGAUCAGCCCUCCAAAUGCUGAUGUCAAGACGUACGAAGAGAUUAUGUUUGGUCGGACUUGGUACUACAAACCCAACUCCAGAUCAAGACAGUCUAUUACAGUGGGCAUGGCAGGAGCAGACAUGGGGAAGAUAGCCGAAGACCACAUCUCCUACAAAAAUGAUCCCAAGCACUAUCCAACUGGACCUUGUCAAAGCAGUACAGGACUUCUAGAGCCUCCAUCAGAUUCAGGGCCUCUCAUUAGGAGUAACUCCAUGCCAACUUCUUCCCCUACUAAUCUUAGUGUACCACAAGGGAUUCGAGGUAGCCAAUCCUUUGAUAAUAUGGCGGCAUCAGAUGACGUGUUUUAUCCACCAGGCCAUCCCAGACUCCAACGACAGGGUGCAUUUGAACACUCAGCUAAUGAAGCCCAUGUAGGAGAGGCUGAAGGCUAUGGACACAUGCCAAAAACUUCAGCUCCGACAGUGAGUAUAAAGAUUGGAGAACGCAGCCCUGGAGUCCCAGAGCAUGUUCCCUACAGCGCAUAUGGUACUCAAGUUAGCACGUCAGAAAUAGCCACAAGAAAAAGGAGGAAAGAGAAGAGUGUUGGGGAUGACGACGACAGCCCUGGGCACUGCGACAGUAGCUGUAGUGGUUCUGUGGAGAUGAUAGGGGACUAUGAGUUUAAACACAGCAGUUUUGAUGGGUCGAGAGCCACCCCGACAGGGAAAGGAUCCCUUCAUAGUGCUCACAGCCAGUCUGACAGCUUUGAUACCUGUGCCAGCAUGUGCUCUGAGGACAUUGCACUGUUCACUGACUCGGAGGCCAGGAAGGCAGUAGGGAAUGUCAUAUCAGUCAUCCAGCACACCAACUCUCUUAGCCGUCCAAAUUCCUUUGAUAAGUCAGAGUCCUUUGAGCAGCCAGGGUAUCAGCCUUCAGAUAAAGCUCCAUCUAGUCAGUACUCUGAACAGUCUGACACAGAGAUCUUUGAGGAUGCUCUGAGUCCUGAAUCAGCCCUUCUGAGAACAGAGAGCAUGGAGCAGCAGCUGCAAAGUGACAGUGACCUGGCCUCCCUUUCAUCCUCAUCAGCUGCUGCCUCGCCUGGCCAGCCCUAUCACAUCCCACACAAACUAGUCCGACAGCCCAACAUCCAGGUUCCUGAAAUCAGGGUGACAGGGGAGGAUGCUCUAAGUCCUGACUCUGGUCCAAUGACCAAGGAACCAGAGAAGCAGCAGCAGCCGCAUGUUGAGGAGUUUCAGCUGCCGCAGAGGAGUGACACACUCUCCCAGAUGCCAUCAGAAAAGCUCCCACCCAAAAAGAAAAGACUGCGUCUGGCAAAUAUGGAGCACUCAUCUGGAGAAUCGAGCUUCGAGUCAACCUGCACCAGCCUUUCUCGCAGCCCGAGUCAGGAGAGUAACUUGUCACACUCCUCUUCCCUUUCCAUGUCUUUUGACAGAGAUGAAGGCCUCAAAUCUGGCUCACCUACUAAACAGGAUGACACAUUGGCUUCUGGCAGUGGAGCAAAGCAGUCUGAGUUCCUUACUGUGCCUGGCAGUGGAUAUUCCAGCCACCACCAACAGAGGGAGAUGAGGAGGUCGUCAUCAGAGCAGGCACCAUGCACGCUGCCCACAGAGUUGCCUGAAAUGCGCAGCAAAUCCUUCGACUAUGGAAGCUUGUCUACCUCCAGACAAGGAGAGCUGUACUCCAGUGCCUCAGGGAUGAAGGAACGCAGGCGUGGAUAUCUUGUGCGACAGGCUUCAUUGAGUGUUUAUCCAGAGACAGUCGUGCAGGAGUCUGGAGCUCCUGAAAUGUCAAUCAAACAGGAAAGUUUGGAACAUGGAGCAUGGCCUGGCCCAGCGGGAUCUCCGCACAGCACUGACAUGACUAGCCGAACCAAGAGAACUGGCAACACUACUGCUGGUGUUGGACCACACCAACUCCAACAGCAUCACCAGCAUAUUCUCCAGCAGAGUAUCAGCGAGGACAGCCUGCAAGACGAACCUCUCUAUGGCAGGUCCCAGCAGCAACGCCUGCAGGCUCAGGGCUCGUCCUCCGAGGGAGAAUAUCCAGGUCAUGAGGUCAUGAACAAGGAUAAAAUUCAGCAAUACCAGAGUGGUCCACCAUUGCUUUCCUUCCCGCAGCCAAGUAGUUUCUGGAAUCCAGACACCGAACAGACACCCAGGCAGCAGGUGACCCUCCAAGCCCAACAGCAACUCCAAAAACUCCACAUCAGAUCACCAGGCAACCUGCCUGGACUCCCACCCCACAAACAGCCACUGCUCCACCCCCUGCAGCAAAUCCAUGAUCAGCAGCCAUAUGACGCAAAGUCAGAAAAUCUAAACUCUCAGAUUUACAGUGCCUCGUUCUCAUCUCGAUCCUCUCCUCUGUCGCAGCAACCAAACGUGGGUUCUCUCUCCUCCAAGAUCUCCCUGCCAAGCUCAACCUCCCCCUCCAUGCUACUGCAGCAGAUCCAACCUGUCUUUGCCACUCAGAACCUGGGCUCCCAGGCUUCUUUACCUGGUUUGCUGGUUCCUGUGCGGAUCCAAACACAUGUGCCAUCAUUUGGUAGUGUUAUGUACACCAGCGUUAGUCAACUGAUAGCAUCCCAUGAUAGCGGAGUGCAGGGACUGGGCCCAGCCAGGUCUGGCAGUGCAGACAACAGCACUCCGGUUGGUAUUGUGAGUGUCAACAAGCCACCUGGUGGAAUUGGAGGAGGGAUAGGUGGAGCAGGCUUCAACCUAUCACACCUCCUAGGACAGACUGAUGGUGCACUGCGCCACCCACUCUGGAAGGGUCCAGAUUCACUCCCAGAGCAACGACUGAACACAGGGAUCCCACUGUCACUAACAUCAGGCACUAUAUCCACCACAGACGCCUCGGGGUCUGGCAUUGGAGGCAGUAAGCGCAUGCUUUCCCCAGCCAGCUCACUUGAGCUUUUCAUCGAGACUAAGCAGCAGAAGAGAGUGAAGGAGGAGAGAAUGUUUGGACAAAUUGUGAAGGAGAUGAGUGCUGUGGAGCUGAGCGGAACCGAAAGCUGCAGCAAUCCCGAGAAGGGGCAGGCAAGAGGUCAGAGAGCCCGUCUGAAGAGCGAAGGCUCUAUAGAUGAUUCUGAAAGGAUGUCCUCUUCUCCUCCACUCAGUGACUUACCAGUUGCCACCAAGAUUGCCAUUCCCGUCCGUUCCUCUGCACCCCACCUCUCGGAUGUCCCCCGGGCUGAAAGUUUCACUCCUCCUCUUCAGAUAGUCACAGACCGUUCCCCUCUUUCUUGUGGCCGGGACUCCCCAGAGGAGCUUGAUGUGGAUGAUUCAGCCCCAGAUCGCAACUCCAGCCCAGAGUCCAUGAUCUCCUCCAAUGAUGCAGACGACACUGACAACACAAAGCAGCCUGGUAAAAUUCCUGUCAACAUGCUGGUCCAGCUUGCUGCCAACCAAAGCGCAGGAUCGUCCGGAGCGGCGGGUCAGACUCUGCUGCUCACUGAUGUGGCUGAUGUCCAGCAGUUUUUCCAGUUCCCUAGCCUGCGCACCACAAGCAGAGUCAGCUGGUGCUUCCUGAACUACACCAAACCCAACAGUACCCAGGCUGCUUUGCGUAGCUCCGUCUACAGUUCGUGGUGUGUCAGCUCAUACAAUCCCAAUCCUCUGAAUCUCAGCACCAAGGCUGCUCUGGCUCUGCUUAGGUCCAAACAAAGGAGAAACACUGAUCUGAUGUACACACUAGCAGCCAUGUCACCACCAAGCUCUGGAAAACUGGUGUCGUCGGUGGCCUGGAAGCUGAGGUUUGAUCAGUUGAAGCCGGAGCUGAUGCCAAUUGACGUCAGUAAUUUUGGGAGGAAGAUGAAGGGCGUUGUGUCAUGGGACCGUUCGAAGGAGGAGCUGGUGGAAAAGGAGGUCUCAGUCAAACCGCCCGCCACCGAACCGACCCGCAUCAAGAUCUUCGAAGGCGGGUACAAAUCCAAUGAGGACUACGUUUACGUGCGGGGGCGCGGCCGAGGGAAGUAUAUCUGCGAGGAGUGCGGCAUCCGCUGCAAGAAGCCCAGCAUGCUGAAGAAACACAUCCGAACGCACACCGACGUCCGACCCUACGUCUGCAAGUUCUGCAACUUUGCAUUCAAGACGAAAGGAAACCUGACGAAGCACAUGAAGUCUAAGGCUCAUAUGAAAAAGUGUCUGGAGCUGGGAGUCUCCAUGUCUUCGGUUGAGGACACCGAGGCAGACGAAGGAGAUGUCGGCGAGGAAGGCCAGAGGUCGUCUGAGAAGUCGUCCAGAGGAACCAUGGCCGACCACCAGUUCUCAGACGCCGACGACUCCGAGGGUGGAGAGGAAGACGGGGACGAGGACGAUGACGACGAGGAGGACGACUACGACGGGGACUCCACCCCCAAGACUCGUUCGCGCUCCACCAGCCCUCAGCCCUACGGCCUGCCAUCGCUCUCCAUCACCGCCGUCGCCUCCUCCUCCCACCCCGCACCUCAUCUUUCCCACCACUCGGCGUCCGACCUCCUGGGCGGCGCCAACAAGCCGCCCCUGUUCGGCUACUUCACCACCGUGCCGAGCAUCCAGAUCACGGCGCAGGACCCGGCCGGCAGGGAGCACCCUCAGAUGGAGUAUCAGCGAGGCCAGCAGAGGCCGCUGGGCAGCCGGCUGCUGGUCCCGCCCUCCUCCUCCUCCUCCAUGGAGGAAGACCUCCCCAUCCCAUCUCCAGACCUCUCCUCCCCAUCCUCUCGCCUGUCCUCGCCAGGGUUGGACCACUCCGGCUGCCCGUCCCCCAUCUCCCCAUCCUCCUCACCCUCGGCCCGCCGCUACCUCUCCCCACGCCGCGACCUCUCGCCCCGCACUGGGCACCUCUCGCCCCGGCGGGACAUCUCCCCCCUGCGUCACAUCUCCCCUAAGAGGGAGCUGGGCGCUGCGGGGGGAUACCGGCGAGACCUCUCCCCCAGGAGGGGACCCCUCUCUCUGCUGUCCCCUCGACCCACAUCUCCAGCAGGAAGGGACUUCAAGCGUGACCUCUCGCCGCGAGGCCGCCACCGGGGGAUGAUCCGGCCGCUGUCUCCUCGCCGAGGGCUCCACUACCAAAGCCAGCAGAGCGGAGUCCGGGGCCUGAGGCAGAGUCAUCAGGCCGGGGCGUCGGGUCUGGGAGACUUCGGUCCUCUGGGACGUCGCAGGACCAGCGCAGAGAUGGAGACGGAACACCUUCCCAGUUCACUGUCGUCAGGGGAACGGGACCAGGGGGGUAACCGUGGUAACCAGUCAAGCCCACCCCACCAGGUCCUGUUCAGUCACCUUCCCCUCCACUCUCAAGUCCAGGUGCGUUCACCUUACCCGAUGAUCCCCAUCGGAGGGAUCCAGAUGGUACACUCCGUCCCGACGUCGGUCACCACCCCUCUGGCCCAGCAGGGGGCGCAGCAAGCCGCCUCCCGCUUGUCGCUGCAGACGAGCACGUCGGAGGACUCCACCACCGGCGAGUUCUCCUCCCAGCACUUCGCCGCCUUUGCCGAGAGGGAGACGCGGGGGGAGAGGGUGAGGGAAUCACCCUGCCACUCGUCGCAGGAGAAGGAAGAAGGAGGCGAGAGGCAGGAGCAGGAGGAGAGCAUCCAGACGUGCACCAAGGCCAUCGCCUCGCUCUGCAUCGACUCCGAGGAGAGAGGAGGAGGAGGAGGAAUAAUCAGAGGGGACGAAGGGAAAGACGGAGCUCCCUCCUCCUCUCCUUCGCCUUCAGGGUUGUCCCCCGCCUCCCACCAUCAUCAUCAUCAGCAUCAGCAUCUUCAGCGUUCAUCUCCCGUCUCCAGGUCGCCUGCGUCUCCCCACCCGUCCCCGUCUCCUCCUCAAGGUCCUGGGAUUCAGCACUUUAGCGGCCUGGAGCUCAGGCCUCCUCAUCCCUCAUCGAUCCCCGCCUCCCCUCACUCUCCAUCCUCCUCCUCCUCGUCCUCCUCCUCCUCUUCUUCCCCCCACCCUGCCAGCCCGUGCCCCGGGCCCGACGCCCCACAGCCCCCGGCGUCCUCCAAAGCUCCCAAGCUGGAGAGGGAGAGGGACGGAGAAAGCACAAAAAGAAGCCGGGACGUGUCGUAGGCGGGAAACAUAGGAAGGGAUGAAGUGCAACAGAGAGAAAGAAAAAUUUUAAAAACUUUUGCACACUUUACACACAUCUUUCUUCUAACACACACACUCUCUUACACACACGAAUGCAAAGAAAACAGUGGCGGACUUGUGCAGGUUUUAUUGUGUGUGCACAGCACGCCUGUUUCAACCCGGGGGGGUGGUGAUGGGGGUGGGAGGGGGUGGGAGGGGGUCUGCUCUCAGAGACUUUCUUAUUUAAAGACUUUUAACGAGGAUUUUUGCAUCGACGUGCAGUAAAACUCUCACCAACACCAACACGAGCCCGACCAAAACUCUGCUGAAAGUACAAAACCAAUAAAAAGGACUCCAGUUCAACGGUACGGCAAGUUUAAAAAAAACAAAAAAACUAAAAACGGACAGCUACGUGUGUGCCUUUUCUUUCAUCUUUUUUUUUUUUUUUUUUGGCUUAUAUUCUUAUAAGCCAAAAAAAGCAGGAAGGUAAAUGUAAAUACAGUACAAUACUAUCAGCUUUGUAAUAAAUGCAAUCCAUCCUCCUCCUUUUCCUCCUCCUCCUCCUCCUCCUCUUCCCCCAAACAGCUGUUUAUCUUUUUUUUUCAUUUUUUUUUUCUUGGACACCUUAAAAGUCUCGACAAGCGAUGUGAAGUUAUGGAUAUUACUAUUAACGUACGGUUGCACUAAAACAUAUUUUUGUAUGAGUGAACUUUUAAAAAAAAAACGAUGGCUUUUUUUUCUGUGUGUGCGUGUGUGUGUGUGCGCGUGUGUGUGUGUGUACAGCGGCGAUUCUAUAAAACUAUUUAUUAUUGUUACCAUGUUUCAUAAAUUGUACAUUUUUUUCUUAAAUGUCGUGGAUGCCUUUUUUUCUAUGUAAAGCAUGGGUUUUUUGCUAUGGCUAUACAUUUAGGGCGAGGAUAUGUACACUGUAAUAUGGCUUUAUAUGUUAGACCUAUUUAUAUACGUCUGAGUGAGCCCCCCCCACCCCCCCCCCCCCCCCCCAACCCCCACCUGCACCUCCAUCCUCCCUCCUCCUCCACCUUUUACCCCCCCUUCUCCUCUCUAUUUGGAGGUAUAUACACAUAGAGGAUUUACCAGAAUAUUUACCCAGCAUAUGAAUACAUACAGUAUAUAAAAUCUAUCAAUCUGUCUAUCUAUCUAUCUAUCUAUACCUAUCUACCUAUCUAUCUAUCUAUCUAUCCAUCUAUCUGCACUUAACAUGUAGAAUGGCAUUCACAUUAAGGUUUAUGGUAAGUUUGCUUGUACAUUUUCUGUCUUGCUGCUCUUUGCCGGUCCCUAGUUGUGUGUUUUUUUUUUUUCUACUCACUUCCUUGGUAUUUUUUCCUCUUUUUCUUAUUAUUUCAAUUUACACAGAUUUGCUCUGAGCAUUAAGUGAACGAACACGCCUUCUCGCACCGUUUCUCAAAAAAAACCCUCCACGACACCCCCCCCCCUCCCCUCCCUCCCCAAACCGAGAGCCAUCUGCGUUCGAGAUUACACAGAGUUAAGGUGAAUAGUCUUUUUUUUUUUUUUUUUUUUUUACCUAAACGAGGAAACAUUCCAGUCCAUGUAAAUACUCAGUCAUCUCCCCCUAAACACACCUUUAUUUUAUUUUAGUUUUUGUUUUUUUUGCAUCGAUGCACAUUACGGCCAUGGCAAUCAACCCACUUGACACUCUUUAUUUAAUGGCUUUAUUUCUGGGGACACAGACACAUAUAUACACCAAACUUUCUGACAAAUGCACCUUAUAGUUCUUCUUCUACGAACGUCCCAAAACUCAGACUUCUAUUUUAUUUGUUAUAUUUUUUUUCUUCUUCUUCUUCUCUUUCCGCAGCAAAUUUUUUUGAUUGAAAUUCAAGUGUUUAGGAGGAGAGAACUGCUCUGCACUCUGAACCCUAAAACUGUCUGAAUACAAAAAAUAAAUCAAUAAAAAAAAUAAUAAAACAAUAAAUAAAAUGAUAAUAAUAAAUUGUGACAUUGAGGCUUAUUUCUGCACUGCUCUUUGUUGACCCAUCUGCGACCCCACCUCCUCUCCUGCAUGUUUAUUAUUUUAUUUUAUUUUAUUUUUUUAAUUUGUAGCUAAGCAAUAUUUAGCCAAAACUCUGCUCACCGGCAGGGAGUGUAUUUGUUGCAAGGCAACAACAGCGUACUUUAAAAAUCCUAAAAUCAGGAGAAGAAGGGAGCAGUUGGGGUUGUGGUGUUUUUCCAGUGACACAACUCUUUUUCUCUUUUCGACAGUUUUGGGCUGAGUCGGGCAGGCUGCAAUGUGAGUGUGUAUCCGUAUUCUGUAAUCGGUGUGUAUUCGACCAGUAUAUCCUCUUCUUACGACUCUUUUCUAUUCGGACCCUCCCUCUGUUAUGUACACUCUAUCACGACGACAACGAUGUCUUUAAAACAAACUCUCUUUCUCUCUUUCGAAGAUAUCAAAGCACAAGUCAUUGUAUAGAAAUGACAACAAUAUGAAAAAAAAGGACAAAAAAAAGGUAAACGUGCGUAUAAAAGGGUAACUUUUGUGAUGGUGUUCUGUGGAAUUAAUACGAAUAUCAUGUAUGACCCCAGUUGCAACGAGGAAUCGCAGCAGAAGUGGAAGAAAUGGAUUGUCGUUUUCAAAUAAAUAUGAAUAGAAUUUUU